AUGGCGCCUGCCGCAGAGAAUUCUCCUCUUCUGCCGCAACAUCAGAACUCGGCCUCUAAUACGUCACCACGGGCGAACCGGACGCCGCGAUCGGUAUCCUUCAAUCCGCUCACACAAAUCAGCACCUACGGCAGCACUGCUUCUACAUCCGAUCCUACAUUCCAACCCUUGCAAUCAGACUCACCUCCCGUGCAGAAUGUCAACGCCCAGGGUGGCCAGCCGCGUCCCGGCAGUCAACCCAUGCUCUCAGCAUUGAAUAGCAAGCUUCGUCGUCGCAAUAGCCAUGGGGCUCCCUUCACCCCCGUAUCGAAUCCAUCACAUGCGGCAUCUAAGAUUGGACCGCAGCGAACAACCAAAAAAGCGCAAAAACUAAAACUACUGCCUGACCCUGUGACGGAAGAGGAAGAAGGGUCUGACGGAGAUUUCCCUCGGGAUGUCUAUUCACAAAUCACUCGCAUCAAGGACCCCGCCGCACGAAGCCAUGCUGCACGAUUGGGCAAAGCCGACCGCGAUCGCAUACCUCGAGUAACAGCUUACUGCACGGCCAAUUCGUAUCGACUCGAGGGUGUCAUCAAGUUCCUCAAGUCACGGAGCAAGACUCGCGGAGCCAACCCCAAGCUGUACGAUGAAUGCGUCUACUCUCCUUUUGAUUACCAGUACGAAGAAAAGCAGAACGCACGGUUAUUUCCAGAACCAAGUGGCAAUGGACACCAUGAGAGGCGACCUAGUGAAAGAAGAUACUCGGAUAGUGCGGUGGAGGUUGAAGACAAUAAGAAGACCAGAAGAGAGGACUUGAUUGAUCUACACGAUGAGGGCACUCACUCAAAUGAUAACGAACAAGUAGUCGUCAAAGAGACUCCUGAUAUCGACAUCACAAUUCACACACCCGAGGUAUUCCUCUUCGACUACGGAACGGUUGUAAUAUGGGGAAUGACGCCUGCGCAAGAAUCACGAUUCUUGUCCGAUAUCUCCAAAUUUGCGACCUCCAUAUUGAGUCCUGAUGACACGCAGAUCGAGAAUUUUAAUUUCUACUAUGCACGCGAGUACCAAGCCAGGAUCUACAACGACUUCAUCUCUCUUCGUGAUCCGCGCAAUAAUAUGGUCAAGCUGGCGAUCUCUCAUGCUCUGGCGCAGUCGGUCAAGACAUCGCUUUUCGAAGAUCUUGUGUCAGAAACAAUCACCGACACUGCGCCACUACCUGCCCAGAUAGCGCAAACUGGUAGCGUCAAUCUCACUCGUCGGCAAAUCAAUAUGCAGAUUGGAGAACUCUUUAUUCUCCGCAUCAAUAUUCACUUGCAGGGAUCUGUCCUCGAUAGCCCAGAACUUUUCUGGGCAGAGCCGCAGUUGGAGCCUGUUUACCAGGCUGUCCGAAGCUACCUGGAGAUGGAUCAGCGUGUUGGUCUGCUGACGGAACGAUUGGAUGUCAUUGCAGAUCUUCUUGCAGUCCUAAAGGACCAAUUGACACACCGCCAUGGCGAGUAUCUCGAAUGGAUUGUCAUCGUCUUGAUCGCCGCAGAGAUUCUCGUGGCUGCAAUCAACAUUGUUGUCGAUCUCUACGCUGGAGUAGACUAG